UCUGGCAAAGAUGUCGUUGGAUUCAAGACACAGAGAGGAGAGAGCUUGGCAUGCAGUGGUGUUUGACUUGUGCAAGCUAUUUUUAGGCAUGCACUUUCUAUGGUAUUUUACAGGAUCCAUCCACUCGCCCGGCAGUGGGGAGUUGCAGAGGGGGAGCUCCUGGGCACGGCGGGAGCCGGUGAAAGCCCCUGACCGGGAAAGCCCAGGAGGGCUUCUUGGAGGAGGUGGCACUGAGGCAGGAACUAAAGGGAAGGGGGCCUGUGAAGGGUUUUUCCAUCGGGGAGGGACCCGCUCGGAUCUGCACACUGAGCUCUCGGCCGAGGAGGUGUCGCCAGGAGCUGGACUUGUUCCCCACGAGGUGCCAGGCCGGCCCUGCUGCCCCCGGAUGCUUCCAGAAGGCAGUUACUUUAACAAGCAGGCGUCUUUGAAGCCCACACACUUGGCCCCGGUCCAGCCUCCAUCCUCACUUCAAACGGGCCUAGUCUGCAGGGCUCCCCCUGCUCCCCCCCGAGCAGGCCACCUCUCACAGCCCGCAGAACAUGUUACCAGAAGGCAGUUCGGGGCUCAGCCUCGGGAAGAACUUGCAUCUGUAAAUGGACUCGCCAUCUCUACAGGAAGUGGUUUGCACGGCCUCAUCGGUGUGGUGGGCAAGCCCCUUCCCCUCCCAGACUGUGGUUUCCUGCACCAAAAGCACCCCACUUUCUUCACUGGGUGCUUUGCUUUUCCAGGCCCGGAGGUGGGGCAGAUCCGAACCUGCCGGAGCAGGCUGGACGUCUCUUGGAGACAGCCCGCCGGACGCCCUCCCAGACGGCUCCGAUCGCCCUGCAGGGAAUGCCUCUUCUCCCCCGAGGGACUAGAACAUCGUGGGCACAGCUCUGAUGAUUUUAGUGGCCAUUGGAUUUAAAACCAAGCACCAGCACGUCACACCACAAGGCGAGAAUCCACACCAUCCUGUGAGUGGCCGCUGCCCCCUUCUCCAACGCCGGUGCUCACCCAGAGGCAGAGAAACGAGCAGGAGUUUUCAGGAGGACGAGGCAGCUGCUUGGAGAGAGAGUCCCUGGAAAAGAUUCCGUGGCCACGGGGCCCAGCUACACCUUCCCAUCUUUCGGGGCCACCUGCCCGGGUGACACUCGGGGCUCCCAUCCACUGACAGAAG